AUGGGAAGGCCUAAGCGUCAAGAUUCGGACAUUGCUGUUGACAGUAAACGGUCGUUAGUUCGUGCUCGUGCGUCGCGGGAUGCAUCGUUACGGUCGAUUAAAAAAAUAAAUACGUUAGGCGAAGAAGCUAAACUAGAUGUUGAACGUCGCGCAUUAUUUGAGGCUCAUCAUUUGUCAUUGAAACGGUUCGUUGAGCAAUUUGAGUUAGAACAACAAGCAGUAUUAAAUGCUCUUGUUGACUUAAAUAAUGUAGUCGAGUUUGAAAAUGUUAAUGCUGUUGUCACUGAUACUAUGGAGGAUGUUUGUGCAAACAUUCAACUUAUUGCUUCUGGCUUCCAUAGCACUUCUGUUAAUGUGAUUUCAAAUAAUAAUGUUUCUACUGGUGCACGACAGACAGCACAGGCAAUUGUUUUACCGAAAAUUGAAUUGCCAAAAUUUGAUGGUAAUGUCUUGGGUUGGGUAUCAUUUCGGGACAUGUUUCAAUCCCUAGUUCAUGAUAACUCUGAUAUUACGGACAUUCAACGUUACCAUUUUUUAAUUUUAAGUCUGUCCGGUCCAGCGCUUACAGUAGUGAAAGCGAUUCCUUUGACAGCAGACAAUUAUACCAUUGCUUGGAACGCAUUAAAACAAUCAUUUGAAAAUCAACGACUAUUAGCUUCUGCGCACAUUGACAAAUUGUUUUCAUUUGUGCCAUUGAAAAAGGAGUCAUUGUCGUCACUGUCCUCAUUUGUCCAUGUGUUUUCGGAAAAUGUUUCUGCUAUUAAAGCCCUUGGCGUCAAGGAUCUAGCUGGUUUUAUUUUAUUUCAUAUUGGUGCUUGGGUAAUUGAUACAGAGACAAGGAGACUGUUCGAAGCCAGUAUUGAGCAAAAUUCAGUGCCUAAUUUAGAUAUGUUAUUACAAUUUGUCUCGCAGAGAUGCAAAAUUUUAGAAAAUGUCGGAACUUCAGUUGCAACUAACGAUAAACAUGAUAUCACUUUUAAAAAUAGUAGUAAAAAGAACCAAAGUGGGCAUCUUGGUAAGACUUCGUUGUCAGUCUCAUCUACAUCUACAACAUCAAAGUGCUUAUUUUGUCAGCAUGAACAUCAGAUUUAUCGUUGUUUUCUAUUUAAACGCAAGCCAGUUACGGUACGGCGCAAGUUUGUAAGUGAUCAUAGUUUAUGUUUUAUAUGUUUAAAAUCUGGCCAUAGCUUUAGAUCUUGUACUGCUUCCUUUGCUUGUAAAAAAUGUGAAGGUCGUCAUAACACACUGUUACAUCUAGAAAAUGAUGGUACAAAGAAUAAAAGUGAAGUGACACAGAAGGAAGCUUCAGAUAUUCAGGUCUCUACGUCAAAUACAGUUGAAAAUAACUCCAUGUUCGCAGGUACGAUAUCGACACAAGCAACUGUAGUGUUAGGUACUGCUGUUGUUCGUAUACAAGACGACACAGGUGAUACGCAUCAAGUUCGCAUUUUGUUAGAUAGUGGGUCACAGGUGUCGGCCAUUACUGCAGAUUGUGCCACCAGACUUGGUCUUAAACGCAACAAGAGUCAUGUAGAAGUGGUUGGCCUCUCUCAACAGCCGGUGUCCAAGGUAAAGGGUGUUACCCAGUGUGAAUUUUUCCCGCUUCAGUCAGAUCAACCACUAUUUAAGGCAAAUAAUGUUAUUAUAUUGUCCCAAAUUACUGGAUUAAUGCCAACGUGUUCACUUCCUGCUACUGUUCGCACACGAUAUCAACACCUAGUACUUGCUGAUCCAGAAUUUGAUCAUCCUGGCCCCGUGGACAUGUUAAUAGGUGGUGAUUUAUAUCCGAUGAUUCUGCAGCCCAAAGCUGACAUUAUCCAUACGCCUGGAUUGCCCUCAGCAAUGCACACAAAUCUCGGUUGGAUAAUUGUUGGUUCACUAAGGGAUUCUACUUCAUUACCUUUGAUGUCUUUAACUAUUAGUGUAAUACCAGUCAUAAAUGAAACUUUGCAACAAUUCUGGAGGGUGGAAGAACCGACAAUCCCAGUACACUCAACGACAGAAGAUGAACGAUGCGAAGAGUGGUUCGGUAAAACAGUGUCACGGGACACAUCAGGUAGAUUUUGUGUUGCUCUACCUUUUCGAUCUGCAAUAAACUCACAAUUUAAUUUAAAUGAAGACAUGGCUCCGCAGAGUAGUAUUGGUUCCUCUCGUACCAUGGCCUUAAAUCGGUUGUAUAAUAUUGAACGUCGUUUAGCGAAAGAUCCUGAGCUAUAUUCCGCGUAUCGUUCCUUUAUGAAUGAGUAUCUGUCUCUCGGUCACAUGCGCGUAGCGGAUAAACCAGGGAAAUAUUUCAUCCCACAUCACGCUGUAGUCAAACGGGAGAACAGUAACAUGAAAAUUCGAGUAGUCUUUGAUGCGUCGGCCAAGUCGUCAUCUGGCUUUUCACUGAACGAUUGCUUGGCGACCGGUCCAAAAUUACAGAGUGACAUAACGGAUAUACUACUUCGAAGUCGUUUCCACAAGUAUUUGUUCAUCGCCGACAUUGAGAAGAUGUACAGGCAGAUCCGAGUUCAUGAUGCCGAUUGCUUAUAUCAACAUAUAUUCUGGAGAAAUUCCCCCAGUGAUGAAGUCCAAGAAUUUGAAUUAUGUACUGUGACUUAUGGUGUCAACGCAGCCCCGUUCUUGGCGAUUAGAUGUUUACACCAGUUGGACAUGGAAAAUGGGACUGAAUUUCCUCUCGCGCAGAAUUUAUUAGUUACAUCAACAUAUGUGGACGACAUUGUAGCAGGUGCUGACACGGAAGAGGAAGCGGUGGAGCUUCAACGUCAAGUUAUAUCCUUACUACGUAAAGGAGGUUUCAAUCUCAAGAAGUGGGCCAGCAACUGCGAAGCACUAUUAAAGGAUAUAUCUACUGAAGACCGCGCAAUGGACGCACCCUUUGAACUUAAAGACGAUCAGUCAGUGAAAGUGUUAGGAUUGCAUUGGGGUACUACAUCAGAUGUCUUGGGUUAUCAUAUUAAUAUCAAUAAAGUUAAUCCAACCAAACGUUCAAUACUCUCAACAAUAGCUCGUUUAUAUGACCCAGUUGGCGCGUUGGGCCCCGUUGUUUUUUGGGCCAAGUGUAUCAUGCAAGCAUUAUGGAUGCAAAAACUGGACUGGGAUACUUCACCACCGAUGCAUUUAGUUGACAAGUGGAACACAUUUAUUUCUGAAUUUCCCACGCUAGCUCAGAUUACACUAACUCGGCACAUUGACAUCCGAUGUUCGAAACAAGUGGAGCUAAUAGGUUUCGCCGACGCAUCUCAGAAGGGAUACGCGGCAAAUGUUUAUUUACGUGUGGUUGACCAGAGGAAUGUUGUUAAGGUCCAUUUUAUUGCUUGUAAGACCAAGGUUGCCCCAUUAAAAUGCUCGGAUACUGAUCCGUCAUUAACAAUUCCACGGAAUUUUGUCAACAUUGAUCGUAUCCGGGCAUGGACUGACUCCACAAUAGUUUUGAGUUGGCUUCACACUGACCAAAAACAGUUUAAGAUAUUCGUCACAAAUAGAGUCGCCAAAAUCAAGUCAUUAACUCCAGGUUGUGAAUGGGCUCACGUCAGAACUGUGAACAAUCCAGCUGAUCCCGCGUCAAGAGGAUUACUUCCCUCCGAGCUGAUUUCAAACCUUUUACAUUUUCAAGGCCCAGAGUUUUUAUUGCAACCUGAUCAUCUAUGGCCCGUGUCUACUAUCUCCGAGUUAACUUUACCACCGAUCGAUCAACUCCCUGAGACGAAGUGUACAGCAAAUGUUUUACAUACACACGAAGAGGAGAGUGGUGAAUCAAUUAUUCAACGAUUUUCAUCGUUGACAAAAAUGCAACGUGUGUUGGCGUACUGUUUUCGCUUCGCCCGUCGUCAAAAUAGUCCUAGGAUCAACGGACCAAUCAAUCGGAUGGAAUACGACCAUGCACUGAACGCGGCUAUUCUGUGUACGCAAAUGAAAUAUCUGUCGGAUCUACAUAAACAGGUAAAAAAUAAAGGUUCCAUAACUCCGUCAACUACAGCACAAUUAGCUCCUUUCAUCGACGCAUUAGGGAUCAUCUGA